AUGUCCGCGAUCACCAAUACCGACCGGCAGCACUUCCAGCAUCAAACACAGCUCUACCAGGCUUCUAGUCAUGGACCUCACGGUCAGAUAAAUAAUUACCACCAGAUCACGCCUGGUUCACCAGCUUCACCCAACUCAAGUAAUCACACGCAAACACAAAUCGGAAGUUCGCGGACGUCCGCAAGUGGAAACACUGCUGAGUGGGAUAUUAAUGAUACAGCUGUACCUAGAGUAUCGGAGCAUGAUCAAUGGAGCGAAUGGGCAGAUGGGCAUUGUAGACUUGUUUACCCUGCUACGAGUGAAGAAGCCAAAAGGCAUGCUAGUGGUUGGGCUAUGAGAAAUACAAAUAAUCAUAAUGUGCAUAUAUUGAAGAAAAGUUGUCUAGGAGUACUCGUCUGUUCGGCGAGGUGUAGGCUAAAUAAUGGUGAUAGAGUUCAUCUAAGGCCUGCCAUUUGUGAUAAAGCAAGAAAAAAGCAACAAGGUAAACCAUGCCCAAAUAGGCAAUGCAAUGGUGGUCGUUUGGAAAUCCAACCAUGCCGGGGGCACUGUGGAUACCCGGUGACGCACUUCUGGCGACACACGGAGCAUGCAAUUUUUUUCCAAGCUAAAGGAGUCCAUGAUCACCCAAGGCCAGAGGCCAAGAGCACCAGUGAGGCUAGAAGAAGCUUGGGGGCAGGCAGAAGAGUUCGAGGAUUGGCCGUGCUUCUGGCAAGAGAAGCAGCUCUUGGUACAAAGUUAAUGUCAUUACGAUCGUCGAGACGACAAAAGGAUUAUUCCAUCAAUUCUACUCCACAGCCCCCGCCGCUUAUAGCUGAUAGCGAUAAAGGUUUCAACUGCUCCUGCCCUCCGUUUGAAUGUUUGUGCAAUAAAUUCCAAGUUUCAAAUGCUGGCAACGUAGAUUAUACUUGGCCUCAGAACCAUCAAAACUUGCAAUUUAUGAGUGGGCAACCAAAUACCGAUAAUUCUUAUAAUGUACAAACCACAGACCAAUCAAAUUAUGAUUUUAUACCCUUUACAACCGAUCUAUUUCAACCAGAAGAAAUAUUUCAGUUAGAUCAACCUUUACGAAAUGAAUUUUCUCAAGUACCCCAGCAUAAUAACUUAAUUUUGUCUGCCUCUAGUCCGACCACACUUUUAGACCUAGGAAGUGGAACAAUUCACAAAGGGAAUUUGAAAACUGAAAGUUUCUGGCACAAACAAGAGAUAAACCUAGAAAAUUCAAUGCUGACAAAUGAUGAUAGUAAUAAUAGUAGUUUCUCUAGUCAUUACAAUGCUACAUCCGAAAAAUCCUGUGAUCUCGAUAAACUCCAAUUUUCAAAUAAUAUGGUCAUGUUCCAGUCCAAAGAUAAUGAUAAUUAUUUUACACAAAUAUUAGAUGGUAGUUGUUCAAAAAAUAGUUUGUCUUCUCCUGAGACUGUAGUUUAUUAUAAUAAUGAAUUUAAACAAUAUCAAUGUGAUGUAAAUAUAGGAAAUGAUGAAAAUAUUCACUCAAAACAAAGGCAGAAUGAAAGUGAUUACUAUCUUCGCGAUAAAGCUCCACCAUAUUGUAAUAUGUUUCAAAGUGACUCAACUACAAUAACAUCUAAUAACGCUUCAAAUAUAAAUAAUACAGCAAACUAUGCACAAUAUGGAAUUUGCUUACAAAAUAGCAUCGAUUCUUCAGAUCUUGUAAAUUAUGAAAACUUAGAUUACAAUAAAUCAUAUAAUGUACACAAUGAUUCUAUGUACCAUAUGCAACACAGUUUUUCUCAAACAUAUAUACCUGUCACUGCUAGUAAUUAA